UAUAUAUAAACGCACGCGUUCUACCACUCUUAUCUUCUAAUACCGAAAACCCUAGUAGCCGCCGGCCGAUCUGUGCUCUGUUCAGCAGGUUUUUUCACUCGGAAUUUCAACAUGGCGGAUGUAGAGGCAGAGGUCGCAACAGGACAGCCGAAGAAGAGAACAUUCAGGAAGUUCAGCUUCAGGGGCGUCGAUUUGGAUGCUCUUCUUGACAUGUCGACUGAUGAGCUUGUCAAGCUCUUCCACGCCCGGGCUCGGAGAAGGUUCCAGAGAGGGCUUAAAAGGAAGCCGAUGGCUUUGAUCAAGAAGCUGCGUAAGGCGAAAAGGGAGGCUCCACCAGGUGAGAAGCCCGAACCAGUUCGCACUCACCUUAGAAAUAUGAUCAUUGUCCCUGAAAUGAUUGGAAGCAUUAUUGGAGUGUACAAUGGUAAGACCUUUAAUCAGGUGGAAAUCAAACCUGAAAUGAUUGGGCAUUACUUGGCUGAGUUUUCCAUUUCAUACAAGCCAGUCAAGCACGGUAGACCUGGUAUUGGUGCUACCCAUUCAUCAAGGUUUAUUCCUCUUAAAUGAGGUCUUCAUCAGAGCCCUAGGUACUCAGUUGGGAUUCUAUGCUAUAAGGAUGUCUUUUUGUUAAUUUCUUUUUGCCUUUGAUGCUUUAAGUACUUGAUGAGUUGAUUAUUCAGAAAUGAAACAUUUUGUUUUGGAUUUGGAUCCUAGAUUUUAAACUUUAAUCUAUAUUUUGUGGCCUCUAAAGUUUCGGUUGUUUUUUACCCUCUGCGUAAGAGUGGAGUCUCAGACUGCUGAAUGUUAGAACUCUUAUAUUGUUGGAAAA